AUGGGCCUGAUCUUAGAGAAGACAAGCGGCACCAGCUGUUCUUUCGUCCUUUUCUCCAAGGCCACUGUCAUCGCUGUCCCUACUUUGAGAUGUUUUCUUUCUUAUGUGUGUGGAUCGCCAAAUGUUUAG